UUUGGAAAUGAAGCUCUCAUCACUUCUGAUCUCUUAAGAGAAAUUCCAUCAUAUCAUCAAUCAAUCACAACUAGCACUGAACCCCUCCGAGAGCAAUCGGAAUAAAUUGAUACCUUUCGUUUUUGUAUCCGAACGCUGAAGAAUUGACCCUCGAGCCGAACGAAACAUAUCGAUCAUGCCCAUCACAAUAUUACAGCCUGCACCGCCGCCGGGCUAUCUCCCGAACGAAUCUUUCGGCGCAAAUUCAGAUUCCGACUCAGAAGGCGGAGUCGAUAUUGAAGGAGAUGUUUCUAUGAAAGUGACGUCUACACGAUCUCGCCAGUCUGACGCCAUAGUAACCCCCGGGGAAAUAAUAACAGAAGACCCUCAAUGGAUGCGAGGCCACGGAACUUACACAACCACCGAACCCCCAGCCAUCGUGUCCUCCGUCGCAGGCACGUUAGCUAAGACCAACAAGCUUCUCUCUGUACGACCUCUCCGCGCCCGCUACACCCCCGAGAUCGGUGACCUUGUCGUCGGGCGAAUCGUCGAGGUACAGUCCCGCCGGUGGCGUGUAGACGUUGGCGCUGCGCUCUUAGCUCAACUGCCGCUAUCAGCGAUCAAUCUACCAGGUGGUAUCCAGCGACGGCGCACCGAGACCGACGAAUUGCAAAUACGAACGUUCUUUUCCGAGGGCGAACUCUUGGUCGCCGAAGUACAGCAACUCUACGGUGAUGGCGGGGCUGUGCUUCACACGCGCUCUCUCAAGUACGGGAAGUUGCGCAACGGGCUGUUCAUGGCCGUGAGUGGCACGGGUGGUGGCGGAGGUGUCGUGCGCGCGCGUCGCCAGGCUUUCGCCAUGGAUAUUAAUGUCGGCGGGGGUGCUGCCACGGACGACGCUGAGAAGGUAGACAUCAUCCUCGGCGUUAAUGGGUAUAUAUGGAUCAGCAAGCAUAUCGAGGGCGAAGGGCCGGCGGCCGAGACCUCCGGGCCCGCCAUCACCAGGGUCGAGGAGAGCGUAGGGUUGAAUGUGUAUUCAAGCCAGAAUGAUGAGAUACCCGUCGCCACGAUGCGUGAGAUCGCGCGGGUCAAGGGUGUGAUUGAGGCUCUGGUUGAGCACGGGUUGCGAGUGGACGAGGAGAUGGUGGUAAGGGGGUAUCAAGAGGCUGUUGAGUUGGCGAGGGGCGACGGCGACGGGGAAGAGACGUUGUAUCUGGGUGGUGAACGGGGACGAAGACUUGCGGAUGCCCUUGUUGGUCGGUAGUCUUCAGAUGUGACAUAUUACUUGAGACGGGGGUGAUGUAUAUAGAUGAGGAGGAAUGAUACCACACCCAUGGUCUUAUGGGCCCCUAGAAGUAAUAGACAUCCCUACAAAGAAUGGCCGCGCCAUAGAGCGAAAAACGCGAGACUAAUCAUCCACACUAGGGGAUAGAAUACCUAUAUGUAUAAAAAUAUUAUAUAUUCAAGUCCGUGUUCGUGGUGAUACAUAUUCAUAGGUAAAUAUCCAAGCAACACUACAUAGCCAAAGUAGAAUGAAACAAGCGAC